CCCGCACUCACCUCCCAGCGCCGCUCCGCUUCCUCCUUCCGCUUCUCACGGCGGAAGUGACGGCCGGAAGUGACUCACCGGAAGUGUCAUGAGGAGCUGGGUGGGACCGCUGCGCGCCGCCGCCGCCUUGGGGCCAUGCUCGGAGUCGGGUGGGUUCCGCACCCGCUUCGAUUUCGGCAGCCGCGAUGCGUCCUCAUGGUUCCCCGGGCACAUGGCCAAAGGACUGCGGCAGAUGCGGGCCUCCCUGCGGCGUGCCGACUGCCUCGUCGAGGUGCACGACGCUCGUAUAUCCUUAGACGCCGAGUUCUGCGCUGUGCCCUACUGCCAAGUGCUUCCAGUUCCUAAGCCGCUCGAGCGGCACCGGCCCCCCGCACGGCAUUCAGACUGCCUCCCAGCUCCCUGCUUUCUCCAGCACGCGCUGUCUCCGUGCCGUACCGCCCUCCAGCAGCCACACAUCCCACUGUCAGGCCGUAAUCCUGUGCUGCAGGAGGUGCUGGGCAUCCGCCCACAUCUUCUGGUGCUGAACAAGAUGGACCUGGCUGACCCAUGCCAGCAGUCAAGAGUCCUGGAGCAACUGAGGCAGCAGGGAUGCUCGCAUGUUGUCUUCACUGAUUGUCAGCGGGAUAGCAAUGUCAAGAAGAUUGUGCCCCUGGUCGCCAAGCUAGUCAGCAGCAGCCCACGCUACCACCGGGCUGAGAGUAUCGAGUACAACAUCAUGGUGAUCGGCGUGCCCAAUGUAGGCAAGUCAUCGCUUAUCAACUCUUUGCGGAGGUUGCACCUCAAAAAGGGAAGAGCCACAGCAGUGGGUGGUGAGCCAGGUGUCACCAAGGCGGUGCUGACCCGGAUCCAGGUGUGCGAGACUCCCCUGAUGUACCUGGUAGACACGCCAGGUGUGCUGCCCCCAAAGUUGGCCGAUGUGGAGACGGGGAUGAAGCUGGCAUUGUGUGGAGCCAUCCGUGACCAUUUAGUGGGUGAGGACAUCAUGGCUGACUACCUGCUGUACGUACUGAACCAGCAGCAGCAGUUUGGAUACAUGGAGCGCUAUGGACUGCCCGAGGCCAGUGACAACAUCAGGCAUGUGCUGAAGUACGUGGCGGUCACCCUGGGCAAGACGCAGAAGGUGAAGGUGCUGACAGGCACAGGGAAUGUCAACAUAAUGAUGCUCAACUACUCAGCUGCUGCCUAUGAGUUCCUGCGGGCCUUCCGUGCCGGGCGCCUGGGUAGACUGACAUUGGACUGAGGGUCCUGGAGUAGAGCAGGGCAUGCCACAUCUCCCCCAGCUCCAGGUGGCAGCAUGGUGUGAUUAAAGCUGCUUUGUUCCUA